AUGACGCAUUCCAAAAUCAACUCCAAGAACAGCUUAAUGCUACUACAUCCUAUUCGUGUGUCUAAACCUCCUCUACUUACUUUUCUCGUUAAGGUGCUUGAUGAGAGACUCAAGCCUACCCAGGUCCCAGAGGAGCAACUGGCAGUAGUUUUGCUCGGCUUCCUUUGUUCGCAUCUGGUUGCAGCUAUCAGACCAAACAUGUCCAGCAUCAUUCAGUUCUUGGAAAAUGUAGCUCAGCUUUCUCACAAUUUGCUUGGCAUAGUGAAAGCUCCAGAAAUCAGUGGAGCCAACUCAAUAAAAGAUCAAUCCCAUAAUGGUAACACUAAAACAUCAUCAGAAGAAACUGCAGAACCUACAAUUCUAUCUAAUGGGGUUGUAGAAUAA